UAAGUCAGGAAAAGAACACGCUGGCCUGGCUACCGGCAUAAAUUGCUCUGCUGCUAUGGCCGUCUUCUAAACGGAUGGAAAAGCAGAGAAAAAAAGAAAUAAAAUACUAGAAGCGAAUAGCAGGAGAUCCAACAAGGCAACAACUCCCCUUCCUUCCUUCGGUGCUGCCUCCCCCUCGUGUUCUUCUCCCUUGCGCCGCCGUGCUCUACUCCUACUCUACUCCACGGCGCCCAUCCGCCUCCCUCUCCGUCCUUUCCCCACCCGCAACGCUCCCGACCGCACUCGAAUCACUCUUCGAAGCAAGCUCCUCGAGACCCGCCACCUCCGCCGCCCCAGGAGCUCGCCGCCGCCGCCUUUGGUAGGGGGUCGUUGUCUAUCGCCCAAUCUGUGCUUGCUGGACCGUCGCCGCGUAGGAUCUCUUCCGGUUGGUUUCUCCGGUUAGCCCCGCGAACCGAUUUCAAUUUUGGCAAUGGCAGUUUGGGGAAGGAAGGGGAGGUUGGAGUGGCUCGCUUUGGCAGGAUAAAUGGUGUAAUCAACCUACCGUGUCUUUGAUUGGAGAACUCUGUGGAGUGGAAAUGGGAUUAAGGUUUUUUAUGUGGUAGUAGCUCCUGCUACAAAGGGAGCAAGAAGCAUUUUUGUCGCUUGCUCCAGGGAGGAUUUGAAGCUCUUCGGUGCUGAUUUGGGUGUCGUCUUCUGUGCUGGGUGAUAGCAUGAUGAAACAAAUAUUUGGGUGGCGGAAAGUGUCCAAAUCCGCAGAUAAGGAAUUCAUUGGUGGGACGAGCCCUUCAGUGUUGAACGAGCUGUCAGGUUCUGGAAUUUCUGACUCGAGUAGCCAGCCACCAAUUUUGUCGGGUAGUGGGCUCAGCUACGGGAGUGGAAACCAUGUAGGGUUUCCAAACUCGUGGAUAAAUGAUACUUUGUUCUCCUCUAACUUCCAACCGUUGCCAAGCUUUAAGGAUGUGCCAAAUGCAGAGAAACAAAGCCUGCUCUUUAAAAAGUUGAACUUGUGCUGCACUUUGUUUGACUUUACGGAUCCGACAAAGAACAUAAAGGAGAAGGAAAUAAAGAAGCAAAUGCUGUUGGAGAUAGUUGACUACAUUGUGUCUGCCAAUGGGAAGUUCCCUGAGAUUGUUGUGGAGGCAAUCACAAAAAUGAUUUCAGUAAACUUGUUCAGGACACUGACUUCCCCACCCAGAGAGAGAAAAGUGCUUGCAGCUUUUGAUCUAGAAGAGGAGGAACCAUUAAUGGAUCCUGCGUGGCCACACUUGCAGAUUGUGUAUGAGUUGCUCUUGAGAUUUGUUACAUCUCCAGAAAAUGAUGCUAAGUUGGCUAAAAGAUAUAUUGAUCAUUCCUUUAUUCUAAGACUGCUUGAGCUCUUUGACUCUGAGGACCCUAGGGAGAGGGAGUGCCUUAAGAUGAUACUUCACCGCAUGUAUGGAAAGUUCAUGGUGUAUCGGCCAUUUAUUCGGAAAGCUAUCAAUAACUUAUUCUACCAGUUCAUAUAUGAAACCGAAAAGCACAAUGGAAUAGGAGAGCUCUUGGAUAUUUUAGGAAGUAUCAUCAACGGAUUUGCUUUGCCACUCAAGGAAGAGCACAAAUUGUUCCUUGUAAGAACCUUAAUUCCACUUCACAAGCCAAGAUGCAUUUCGAUGUACCAUCGGCAGUUGUCUUACAGCAUUACACAGUUUGUUGAAAAAGAUUGCAAGCUUGCGGAUACUGUUAUUAGGGGCCUGAUAAAAUAUUGGCCUGUCACAAACAGCACAAAGAAGGUGAUGUUCUUGGGGGAGUUGGAAGAUAUCCUAGAAGCAACACAACCUGCUGAGUUUCAAAAAUGUAUGGUUCCUCUUUUCCGCCAGAUUGCUUGCUGCUUGAACAGUUCUCACUUUCAGGUUUCUGAGAGAGCAUUGUUUUUGUGGAACAAUGACCACAUCCAGAAUUUGAUGAAACAAAAUACUAAGGUGAUACUGCCUAUCAUCUUCCCUGCAUUGGAGAAAAAUAUAAAUGGGCACUGGAAUCAGGUCGUGCAAAGCAUCAGUCUGAAUGUCCAAAAGUUUUUCUCUGAUCGUAACCCUGAACUAUUUGCUGAGUGUUUGCGGAAAUAUGAGGAUGACAAAACUAAAGAGAAGGAGCUUAAAUUGAGGCAAGAAUCAGCAUGGAAACGUCUAGAUGAGAUCGCAUCAGUGAAAGCAACAAGUGGUGAGGCUGUCCUCGUCUCUCGAACCUUGCCUCGCCAAUCUUCGGCUGUGUAGGAAUUUCCUUAAAUGGUCCUUGGAGAGUCAUCAAACAAUGUACAGGAUUGGGUUGUACAUACAAUGGUAUAUGAAGCCAGAAAGGAGGGUGUGGCGAAUUGAGGGAAGAUCUGAGAAGCCAAUUGUGUAGGGGCAGCAGCAUCAAUUCUGAAAAUCCCAUGACAUGGCUUCUUUUGGCAUUCUGGUGGUUCGGUCUGCUUUUGUAGUUUUGUUAUUCGGAAAAUGGAUAGUUUUUUUCUUCGUAUAUUGGAAAAUGGAUAGUUCGGUUAAAGGAAAUCCGAUAUGUUUUUCCGUUUCUAUUCGGAUGGUGGGUAGUUGGCUGAAGUAAUAAAAAUUCUGUAUGUUUUGCUUACUCAUUUAGUUGAUAUAGGCAUAUAGCCGUGGUUAUACAA